AAGAAGCCCGCCAUGUGAAAAUUCUCUUCAAUUCCUAGACAAACCCUAAAUCACACUGUACCUUUGAAUUUGGAACCAAAACGAAAUCUCUAAAUUUUCAGUAACGCCAAAUCUCAAAAUUUUCAGACACACUGAUUCAUUUUCGUUUUAUUUUUCGGACCCUCCUUGUCUUCUCUAUCCAUUAUACAUAAACAUGGCAACCAUCUUUCUUCUGCACCCAAGACUUCAAUCCCAUCUUCUUUCAUCUGUGCGUUCUUUCCCUCUCUUCCAAAUUCACAUCACAGAAGGAACAAAAGAUGGAGACUCGUGCCGCCUCAAAGAGAAAGGCAAAUGCUAUGGUCUUGGUCCAAAAACAACACCCCAAAAGGCAUAGGGUUUCUUUGGUUCAAGAUCCUCCCAAAGAGAAAUUGCAAGGUGUGAAGAAUCCCAAUGCAAAGAAGCAAUCUUCCACAAUCCACCACUCUUCUUCCCCCCAUACUGAUGAAUCCCUCUUUUCCCAUGUCUAUGAGUAUCUUCAUGAAAUGGAGAUGCAGAAAAAGAGGAGACCAACUGUUGACUACAUUGAGAAAGUUCAGAAAUUGUUUACACCAACCAUGAGAGCAAUCUUGGUGGAUUGGUUAGUAGAAGUGGGUGAGGAGUACAAGCUUCUUCCAGACACUCUUCAUCUCUCAGUUUCGUACAUUGAUAGAUUUUUAUCGGUUAAUCCGGUGAAUAAAUCCAGACUUCAGUUGCUGGGUGUUUCCUCCAUGCUUAUUGCAUCCAAAUACGAGGAAAUUGACCCACCUUGUGUGAAUGAUUUUUGCAGCAUCACUGAUUACACAUAUGACAAGGCAGAGGUUGUGAAGAUGGAAGCUGACAUACUGCAGUCACUAAAGUUUGAAAUGGGAAAUCCUACUGUGAACACUUUUCUCAGAAGGUUUGCUGAUAACGAAAUGACUCCAAAUUCACAGAGUGAAUUUCUGGGCCGCUAUCUUGCUGAGUUAAGUUUGUUGGAUUAUGAUUGUUUGAAAUUUUUGCCUUCGGUUGUAGCAGCAUCUGCUGUAUUUCUUUCUAGAUUUAUUAUCUCGCCUGAAGUGCAUCCAUGGACUCCUUCUUUGAGUGAAUGUUCUGGUUACAAAUCAGCCGAAUUGAAAGAAUGUGUCUUAAUUUUGCAUGACCUGUACUUGUUACGAAAGGCAGCAUCUUUCAAAGCUGUCCGGGAUAAGUACAAGCAGCAAAAGUUCAAAUGCGUUGGAAACCUGCCUUCCCCUCCUUAUGUACCCAAUUGUUACUUUGAAGACCAGUGAUGUAGCAAAUUUUGUGAUGAAU